AUGGUUACUAAGCUAAGGAGAAGAACAGCAGUAUCACGCAGAAAGCGCCUUCACCUUAUGCAGACAAACCCCAAAUCUGUGAGAUAUUUCAACAAAAAUGUUGUUCUCCAUUUCCACAAGCUGAAAAUCAAGUUGGAAGAACUACAAAGAGAAUGCCAAAAUCUUAGGGUUAUGAGAAACGAGUACUUCACUCUAUUGAAGCAUAUACAAAUCCCAAAGGAGGUGAAAGUGGAGAAGAUUGGAGAACAGUUUGUGGUUAGAGUUGUUUGCAGCAACAAAGGAGGGUACAAAUUGGUGUGGAUUCUAUCGGCGUUUGAUGAACUGGGUCUGGAUGUUGUUCGAGCUAGUGUGUCUUGCAGCCAUUUGUUUUCCAUGGAAGCCAUUGCUGAAGCUCAAGGACAAGAAGGAACUGGUAUCAGAGAAAUUACGCUGGCUCUUCUUAAGGCCAUUGAUGAAAAACAAGGUGGGGAGAUGGGGAAUGGAGAUGGUUGUAACACAGGAGGCGUUCAUUGAUUAAUGUUGU